UACGUCAUAACAAUGCGACGAAAAGCACGUGGGAAGUAAACACAUGAAACUUGCGAUAUUUUGCUAAAAUUGAGUGAAAUGGCACCACCAGCACAGCAAAAAAUGAAGACUAAGGGCACAUUUGACGGAAAACGUGCCAAUAGAAACCAACCCUACAAUCGACCAGGGGGCAAGAAGAAGUGGGUCUCUGAGCACAAAGUAUUCGACGGCAGUAUUGGAGAAGGUCAGGGCUUUGCCUUCAAAAGGAAGGAGAAAGUGAAACAUGAAUACAACAAACUGCUACGGAAGGAGAGGAGGAAGAACACAGAGCUCAAAAGCCAAUAUACAGAACAGUACCCCGAACAUCUGAGGCAUCUCUACGAGGCUGAGGCCGAGAAACUGAGGAAUGAGGUUAAGACCAACAGAAUCAACAGAACCAAAGCUAGGAUGGCUGGCGGUGGUGGUCCAGUAGAGGAGGAAGCAGCUCCCAUGGCAGUGAAUGAAGCCCCCACGGACCUAGCUACAUCCAUAGACCCUGCAGCUGAUGCUGGCAUCUCCUCUGACAAGACUGACUCUGCCUCACAGCCCACUCCAGCAGUAGCGGCCUCAAAGAAUGACAGUCUACCCAUGAGUAACCGGAGUAAAAAGAAAAUGCUGAGGAAGACUUCCUAUCAGAAAACAAAAGAGGAGUUUGAAAGUGUUAAAGAAAAGCAGAAGAAUAAGAAAGAGGAGUUUUUGAAGAACAAGGAGCAGAAAGAAGAAGCUAUCAAGAAGUACAAACAGAAGAAAAUGGAAACAUUUCAGAUGCUGAGCAAAAAGACGAAGAAGGGGCAGCCCAACCUGAACCUACAGAUGGAAUACCUGCUCCAGAAGAUUCAAGGGACCGGGCUGGGAAAAUGACCCGGAGAAAUGGACGUUGAAGGCUUCAAAUAGCAAAUAAACAGUGGAACUCUUAAUGUGAUGGUUUUAUAUCAUAGAUGAGUCUUGUUCUUCUUUUGUGAACUGCCAUUGUGAAUAGAUUGUAUCAUAAUAGAUUUUCAGACUUUUUAGCAGUUUAUUUACAUUUUGAACCACAAGGUGGCAUUUGAGAGAUGAGCUGUUCUUGUAAAAUAUUUAAAUAUUCCUUUCAAAUAGAAACCAUUUCUAUUAAAUGUUAAUAAAAGGUUGUAAGCGAA